AGGGCAGGGAGAGGGUGAGACAACGUUUGAGGCGGAACAAGCUGACAACGCGCUCCCUCUGGCUGUCAAACCAGUUGAUAUUGUUGAAGGAGUGUGCGUGUUUUCUGAACUAACGCAUAACUGCGUAAAGUAGGAGCGCCACCUCCAUUUAGUCCACAUGCGCUUGCAAACAUGUCUGUGGACUAGUGUUUGUUGUGGUUAGAGUCCAUGCCCCUCAAGCCGUGCCAAUGCCGAGUAAUGGAUACUAGCGUCCCUGGCAAAGAUGGAAACAUGGUCUCGAGUGAUGAGGAGCGUUUGGACGCAGGUGUGGACGCGCUUCACCAGUGCGAACUGAUCCAGAACCUGAUCGAGAUCUCCAUCUCCAGUCUGAAAGGGCUCCGGACCAAGUGCGCGGCAUCCAACGACCUGACCCAACACGAGAUCCGCGCUUUAGAGGUGAAGCUGGUGAAGUACAUCAGUAAACAGUUGGAGUGGAAGCACAGUGUUCCAGGGUGUUACAGACCGCCGGCCUUGGACUCUUACCCGCACAUCAAAUACUGGCUGUGUACCAUCAACCUCAGGCCAGACCUCAUAGAGGCGGUCCCUGUGAAACUUUCUCUGGAUGCUCUCCUCCAGAUGUCCACUGCUAAGGUUGAAGAGACCAUGAAGCGUCUGGGUUCCAGUAGUGAGGAGUGCUCUCGUAUCACCACUGCCCUCUCCUGUCUGAAGAGCGCUACUGACCCAGGAGGAGGGCUUAAGAAAGAAGGUAUCCCAUGGAUAGCAGAACCCGCUCAACGUGACAACAGUGCCGAUCGGGCCCGGACUUACAGUACCAACCCAAUCAGUCCACUCCCUCUCACCCCUCAUGCCUUGCCCAUCCCUCGUUCCUGCGUUUCGGUGUCUUCCCUUUACUCUUCGGACUACCCUGUGUUUGCCCACACCCGCUGCGAUGGGCUGACGGACCCUUUUGCGUCCUCCCAGACACUCUGCUACUCCGGGCUGCUGGCCACCCCUCCGGCUACCCCGCCGCAGAAAAAGUACGGCAAGCUAAAGAGUCCACGAACCCCACCACCACCCUCCCGCAAGCUUCUACCCUUUUUGCCCAACAUCACCCUCACACGGAGCAAGAGCCAGAGCCAGCUGGAAAACCGGAUAGACGACCCUAAACCCAACAAGAGCGGGAAGAUAAACAAGCCGCUGCUGAGCGUGCAGCGGAACGGUGGUGUAAAUGGCUGGGACGACUCGCCGUCACGGUCACCACUGCUGUCAGCACGGUCCCCCUACAUCCUACCAAACACCCCCACUCACCUGGGAGACCCUGCGGGUCGAGGAAACAACAUUGCAACACACGGAAACUCUCCAGUAGCUUUGAGGAAGGGCAUCCACAUUGAAGUCACACACAGGUUUUCCACCAAGUCCUGGUUGUCUCAGGUGUGCCAGGUGUGCAAAAAGCACAUGAUGUUUGGUGUUAAGUGCAAACAAUGCAAAUUAAAGUGCCACAACAAAUGUACCAAAGAAGCCCUAAAGUGUGGAAUAUCAUUUGAUUCAGUACCAAACGUGCUUAGAAGAACAGAAUCAGACCCGUCAAGUAUAAACAACCAGAUAGAGAGACUCACGGAGUCUCAACAAUUUGGAACGCUACCAAAGGCAAUAAACAAAAAGGACCACCCUGCAUCACUCAGUCACCUGGACUCCAGUAGUAACCCCUCCUCCACCACAUCCUCCACCCCCUCCUCACCUGCCACCUUCGUUCAGAGCAACCCCUCCAGCGCCACCCCGUCCUCCAACCCCUCACCUAAGGGUCAAGUUGACAUUCUCUUCAACUUCACAGAGGUAUCCAGUUCCACAGAUCCAGAUGGAUCGAAUAACACCGGAGACGCAGAGCAGGUGGACGGACACAUCAGUCAGCUGUCAACAGGCCAAAGGGAAGCUGUGGAUGAGGAAUGUGACAAAGAGCAAAACAAACAGGACCAUGAGGAAUCGGGUGAUGAAAGCGAAGACGAUGAGUUAGACGAUCUGCCCAGCUGCGGACGCUACGGGAAGGACUACAUAAGCCGUAAAUCUAGCGACACCAGCCAAUACCUGCAGGAAUGGGACGUACCCUUCAAGCAGCUGGAGCUGAGAGAGCUCAUCGGUAAAGGCCGAUGGGGAAAGGUGUGCCGAGGCCGGUGGCACGGAGAGGUGGCCGUUCGCCUGUUAGAGAUCGACGGAAACAACCAAGAGCACCUGAAGCUCUUCAAGAAGGAGGUGAUGAACUAUCGGCAGACGCGACAUGAGAACGUGGUGCUGUUUAUGGGGGCCUGCAUGAACCCCCCAGAUCUGGCCAUCAUCACAAGUUUUUGUAAAGGACGGACACUGUACUCUGUUGUCAGAGACUCAAAACUUGACAUGAACAAGAUAAGACAAAUCGCUCAGGAAAUCGUAAAGGGAAUGGGCUACCUCCACGCAAAGGGAAUCGUGCACAAGGACUUGAAGUCGAAAAACGUGUUUUACGAUUCAAACAAAGUGGUCAUCACCGAUUUUGGUCUGUUUGGGAUGUCGGGUGUGGUACAAGAGGACAGGCGAGAAAAUGAACUGAAACUUCCACGAGGAUGGAUCUAUUAUCUGGCGCCUGAGAUUGUGCAGAAGAUGAUACCAGGACAACAUGAAGACUGUUUGCCAUUUUCAAAUGCUGCUGAUGUUUACGCCUUUGGCACUAUCUGGUAUGAACUUCAAGCCAAAGACUGGCCCAUCACCAACCAGCCGGCUGAAGCAUUGAUUUGGUUGCUAGGAAGUGGAGACGUCAUUAAAAGGUUACUGGCCCAGAAGGGCACCAGCCUGGGCAAGGAGGUCACGGAGAUCCUGUCAGCCUGCUGGUCGUACGCGUUGGAGGACAGACCUACAUUCACUCAGUUGUCAGAUUUACUAGAGAGACUUCCCAAACUCAACCGCAGGCUCUCACACCCCGGACACUUCUGGAAGUCUGAGGAGUAUGUAUCCUAGUCGGUGAAGAUGGCAUGGUGCGGAGAGAAAGCUAGAGGAGACUAACCGAUUGUUUUGGUUUGAGCUGACAUUUGCCUUUUUUAAUUCUGAGCCGUUUCAUCUUAAAUCUUAAAAUUUACACGAUUAGAUGUUUAUGUUCGUGUGUGUCAUGAAAUGUUAUUUUUUACUUUAGAGUAAGUGGCAUGUGAAAGCCUUGACGUGUGUUGAUGAUCUGAAUGUUUUUGCCUGAAUGUGAAUGAGUGAACACAUAUGUGUGAUACGAUCUGUAGAGAAUGUACUUUAUUUAUCACUUAAAAAUGAAAGGAUCAGGUCAUGGUCCAAGUUCAAUUGUAGCUUGGAUGUAGUUUUGUUGUUACACUUUCAGGAGGUUCAUAAUGCAUAGACUGUGAAAAGAUUUUAAGCAAGUAAAUAGGAAAAUAUUUAUUAUAUGCCUCUUUGGGUAAUGUAAUAUAAUUAUUAUAUAAAACAAAAGUGUAAAUUAGAUGCAGAACUUUUAGAAUAAUGUCUAUGUUUUGUCCCUGUUUGUGUGUGUGUCUCUGCUGGAAUUGGUCAAAACUGUGGUGAAACUUCUCCUGUUCCUGUUUCUACCCUGAUGUCACAACCUCUGUCAUCUUCACGCUAAACCUUUCCACAUCUUCAACGCUCUCCAUGCCUACAUUGUCCAUGUCGCUUAAUCUUUUCUUCCGGACAUGCUGUCUUCUCUUUUUCUCUUUGCUGGUUGUGGCUGAAUGUGCAGCACUUGGCAUCAUCACUGUUUGCGUGAACACUGCAGUCAGGGGCUGCGCUCUCGCUGUCCCUACACGUACAAAUAUGAUGGAUUGAACACGCCUGCUGUUAACAAUAACUAAGCUGCUAUAUCAUAAGAAAGAAACUGAGUCGCUUUUUCAUUUCCCCCUUUUUCUUCUGAGCCUAUGAUGUCUUACAGAUUUCAUUCAUGUUGGUGACUGUUUUUAGGAUUACAUGGAAUUGAAAUGAACUGUGUUUGUAAAUUUACUUUAGUUCAGACAGUUCAGUGUGCAGACUUUGGCAUGUCCUGUUUUUUCAAAUUCUUAUUUCCUGAAUGAAAUGAGAUCUCCCGUGAUGUCUAGUUAUAAGGGAUAAAUUUACAUCUUGUCUGGCCACUGUCAAUGUGUUCAUUUCAGCAAUAAAUUAAAACGAUAACCAUUUACAAGAUACAAACCCGGUGCGUCCUUCCAAGUCUAGAUCUCGACUAGAUCAGCAGGACAACGUUCAGGAACUUUUAAUGUCUAUUACCUCUCUUUCGAGUUUGUGUGUGUGUCAGAGUAAGUGUACGUGUGUGAGUGUUCGCAUGGAAAGUUUUGGGUGAUUUAGUUGUGGUGAUUGUGUGGUUAUGAACAACGAGAGGCCUUUUGUGAAAGGUUGCUGUAACAGUUUCCAUAACAGACAACUUCAAAGACGUUUAAAUAAAGAACUUGUUUUAUUUAUUGUACAGCUAAAUUUCUUAUAUGAUUUGUACAAAAUUUUAUAUGUUUCGCUGACAUUUUUUGGAUGGUACUUUACUCCUGUUGUACAGCUCUUUGUAUACAAAGUAUCGCAAACGCAAAAUGUACAGUUCUAGAAUAAGAUUGUGGUUGUCUUGUAUGAAUUCAUAUUUUUGUAAAGUUCGUGACUACUAGUCUGUAAACAAUGUUGUUUUAACUUUUGAAAACAAUAAACAAAACAAAUAUUUAUUUCUCA